GGACAGGCACUCAAGUGAGGCCAAGGCCUGGAGGCAGUCAGUUCCUGGUGGCUGUUGGGCAGCUCAGACAGCUCCCUGCCUCACUCACUAUGAUCUUCCCUCUGGCCUGGAUUACCCGAUGCUAUUGUCUUCGCCUCUCAUUGCCCUCCUGGGCCCUGGCACCCCAGGGAUCCCGAGGGUGCUGUUCCCAGAAUCCCAAAACAAGUAUGGAAGAACAAACCAGCUCCUCAGGUGGUGGAAAGACACGGUCACCUAUCAGGGGACCCUGGCCCCACCACAAAGCUGAGCUGACCCAAGCUGAAGAGUUGCUGGAGCAGCAGCUGGAGCUGUACCAGGCCCUGCUGGAAGGGCAGGAGGGAGCUUGGGAAGCCCAGGCCCUAGUACUCAAGAUCCAGAAGCUGAAAGAACAGAUGAGGAGACAUCGAGAGAGCCUGAGAGGAGAUGCCUAAGCUUCCCACAAGUGCCUGCUUAACCCUCUAACACCAGAAAUACUGCCCAUCACCCCCAAGGGAUCAUUCCAGAAACAUUCCAGCCCACGAAAAAAUGAAGACUGCUCUGAGGGUCUAAAAAUUGGAAGGUAGUUGAGGAGCCAUGCCCUGCACAUGCUUACCCUCACUCUGACCCACUCCACAGCAGGGAACACAACACUGAGAAAUUACCUUGGAUCAAGCCCUAUAUAAUUUUAUCAUAAACAAUAAAGGAUGGAGCACUUACAGAUACCACAGACACAUUUGUGUUUCAUUUUUAGUUUUGUUAAAAAAAUUCUGAUAAAUCAGGAAUGGGGUUUAGGAGUGGUGGUGAUGCAAAAGAAGGAAGCCUUGGGGUAUGGGUGGGGGCUGUCAGGGGCAGGUGGCAGUAGUGUCUCCUUCACCCCCACACCUGGUGUCCUCUCCUGAAGAGAUAAGAC